AUGACUAUUGAUCUGUUCUCUCGCGUCGCUUUAAUCCUCCUCUGGGUUCUGGCUUUUGCCACUCCAGUUGGGGAUUAUAAGUCGUUGCUGUUGGACACGGGUCCGUGGCCGAGCCUGCCAAUUGCUCGCCAUGAUUCGUAUCCUCAAAUUCCUUAUGUUCGCGUUCUUGCUCCGAAGCUCACUGCCCGCUAUGCUCUCUCGACUUCUCUGGUUUACAGCGCCCCUAUCAAAGUGGGAAAGGCCAAGAAGUCACGAGCCAAUCAUCGAGAAGCUACGCCAGUGUUUUCCAGUAUUAUGGGCAGAGCGAACAAUUAUUCUAUCGAAUUGGCUAGCCUGACCAAGAUUAUCGAUUCCACCAUCUCGUUCCUUAUCGAGGCUCCCGUCAUUGCUCACACGGAGCCUCCGGUAUCUCUUAGCCAACCUGUUGGCUAUAGGGGUGGACUCGUUCGCUUGGUCCCUGGCGUCCAUCCAGCCUUACUGUGUAGGCGAUUCAAGUCGGUCGUCAUCCGGUUUGCAUUCACCUCCUGUCUGGUUAUUUCUAUCAUUGUCGGACUCUUGGCGCAUCCACAUGCUCCCUGUUAUGUUCUUGACUCGGAUCCUAACCCCGUUGCCCCUUCUGUCUGCAAUGAUUCCCAAAACGCAGCGCCGACCACACUCGAACUGUUGCCCCCACUUGUGUUCUCGCCGCUGUCCACCGACUUCAUCUAUUUAUCCUUGCCUGUGUUCCCUCCGCUGCCCAGCGAAUUCCUCUUGCCCCAGCUUGUGUUCACUCCCCUAUCCGACGAGCUCUUGGACCUACCUCUGUUCGCUCACGCACCUGAACCACCCGAUGAAUCUCCACCCCCGAUAGACUUGGACUCAAGUUUCUUAGAGCCCGCACGCGUCCCGCUCCCGUCCAUCACGGACGACGAGCGAGUCGCCCUUGACCUUCCCAUUGUCGAAUAUAGCUCCGUCCCGGUCGAUGUUGUCCCCGCCCUCUCCGCCGGUAUCGAUGCAAAGAAUCGGGCCGAGGGCACAACUGAUAUGAAUGACACAUCGACCGGAGGCAAAACAUUGGAGCCGGAAGUAUCGACCAGUUCUACCGGGAAGUCCUCUUUGUGCGAGUACUUUGAGUUUUAUCGGCCGCCAAAUUUAGCAAACUAUCCUCCCGAAGAUAGAGCGCGCGUCAAGGAGCGUGAGAUUCGUCUCGCCAAGAAGGUGCAGACGAAAUGCAGGCGCGAGGACGCAAAGGAGGGGAGGGAAGAGAGGCAGCAGGUUUCGCCAUAUAUGGCGGUGUGGAUGGAGAUGUUGAAGCACGGGUGUAUCCCAGCUGGCGGGGAGGGAUCGGAGGGGUGCGAGGUGAAGAGUAUUGCUAGGUGGAAAGAUGAUGCGCAAGGGAGGGCAAAGGUGACGAAGGGAGUGAGGUGGAGGGAUGAGGUGUGA